GGGACAGCCAGCCUGGGGACGCUUGGGUUUGGAUUAAAGGUUCCUGGAACAACAGCUGCCACAACAAGCACUGCCACUGGGACGACUUCUGCUUCUGGCUUUCCUUUGAAUCUGAAGCCUUUGACUACAACUGGUGCCAUUGGAGCUGUGACCUCCACAGCUGCCAUAACCACAACCAGCACACCCAGUGCCCCCCCAGUGAUGACCUAUGCCCAGCUGGAGAGUUUGAUAAACAAGUGGAGCCUGGAGCUGGAAGACCAAGAGAAGCACUUUCUCCAUCAAGCUACACAAGUGAAUGCCUGGGACCGGAUGCUGAUAGAGAAUGGAGAGAAGAUUACUUCGUUACACAGAGAAGUGGAGAAGGUGAAGGUUGAUCAGAAGAGACUGGAUCAGGAACUGGACUUCAUUCUGUCCCAGCAGAAAGAGCUGGAGGACUUGCUGACCCCUCUGGAGGAGUCUGUGAAGGAACAGAGCGGGACCAUCUACCUGCAGCACGCGGAUGAGGAACGGGAGAGGACCUACAAACUGGCUGAAAACAUCGAUGCUCAGCUGAAGCGCAUGGCACAAGAUCUGAAGGACAUCACUGAGCACUUGAACACAUCAAGAGGCCCAGCAGAUACAAGUGACCCGCUUCAGCAGAUCUGUAAAAUUUUGAAUGCACACAUGGAUUCCUUGCAGUGGAUUGACCAGAACUCAGCUGUGCUGCAGAGAAAGGUGGAAGARGUGACAAAGGUUUGUGAGAGUCGCCGCAAGGAGCAGGAGCGCAGCUUUCGGAUCACCUUUGAUUGAACACUCCCAUGUUCACAGGAUGAACAUAAAACCUCCACAGAAAACAGAGGGGGUUGGGGUCUGAGAUGAUAUGACCUGUGUUUUGUUUCUUUUCUUGCAAUAAAAUGUGUUGUUGUUCCA